AUGAAUCCACAAAUCAUUGGCGUAAUGGAGAAAAAAUUAAAGAAGGACUCAAGAUUUCUUUCCCGAACCAUUGCAAAUAUCGAGAAAAAACGAGAAGUCGCGGUCAAACAAUUACAGGCGCAGGCAGUAGUCAUCUCUUCCGAAGAGUAUGUUGAACGUUCACAGGGAGCUCGUUCCAUUAUUGCGCGUGAUUUCUUGCCACAAAAUUCUAAAAAAAGAAAGGUGUACUGGUGA